AUGGGGCCUAAAAGUACACUCAACGAAGAAGAAGAAGGAGUGCUGGUACUAUGGAUAAAGUCAAUGGCUGCAAGAGGAUUUCCUGUCACCACAGCACAGCUCAUAGAGAGUGUUCAGCAUUUGAUUAAAAAGUUGGGUAGGGAAAAUCCUUUUAAAGAAGGUAAGCCUGGUAGGAAGUGGUUGAAACUAUUUAUGCAGAGACAUCCUACAAUCACUAACAGAAUCUCUGAGAAUCUCACGAUGAGCAGAGCAUCUGUUACAAAGCAGUACAUUACAAAAUGGUUCAACGAAGUGGAAAGUUUCUUGAAAGAAAAAUCCUAUUUUGAAAUAUUGAAUGACUCAAAUCGUGUGUUCAAUGGCGAUGAGUCAGCAUUUUUCCUUAAUCCCAAAGGAAAUCGAGUCCUUGCCCCAAAAGGAGCAAAAUCGGUUUAUCUCACAGUCAAUUCAGAUGACAAAGAAUGUCUGACCGUUCUUAUAUCAGUGAGUGCAUCUGGUUUGCUGGCUCCUCCCAUGGUGGUGUUUAAAUAUGAACGUGUCCCAAAUAUUAUUGUUGAAAGUGUGCCUUCUGGUUGGGGUUUGGGGAAAACUGAGAGUGGGUGGAUGACAAGAGCAACGUUCUUCGAAUACAUCACAAAUAUCUUCCACCCAUGGCUCAUCAAAGAACAAAUCACUUUGCCAGUGAUAUUAUUUGUUGAUGGACAUACGUCUCAUUUGACCCUACAGUUAAGUGAAUUCUGUGAGCAAAAUGGGAUCAUUCUUAUUGCUCUUCCUCCAAAUACUACGCAUUUCAUGCAGCCAAUGGAUGUUGCAGUAUUUCGUGGGUUGAAAGAAGCAUGGAAGGUUCAACACUCAUGA